AUGUAUAUUGGAGAAUACAUUCGUAACUCGCUUGAAGUACAGUUUAGAAACACGUAUCUUCGCAUUAGAAAUCUAUGCGUAUAUAGGCUGCACAAAAAAUCAUACUUUUCAACGAUUUUAAACAUAAUAUACAAUAUUAUACUGACUCUUGUGCUAUUUAGUAGCACAGAAUGCAUGAUUUACUUCUUUUUUGGGUCUCUUCCAAUAUACUCCUUUUCGGAGCUGUACUAUAGACUACGCCCAGCUGCAUGGAACACAUUUGACAAGGACAUUAUGCAGUUUCUAUAUCUUAUGACAGCAUUUUUUUGCAUAUUCUUUGAGCUUUUUGUCCAAGUGGCUAUUUUCCAGAAACUAGUGGUGGGGUAUCUUCAUACUGUGAUGGAGGGGUCUUUUCUAAACUAUGCAUUUGGAUUCCUCUUCUACCUGGGGUGCAUAAUACUCGGGUGUGCCCUUCAUUUGAUUGUUAUAUCAGAGUUAGCUAACCUGCUGGAUCUGAUAAGAAUUAAAACUCUUCUAGGAAAGGUGGCUAUUGGGGCUAUUAUUGCAGGGCUGCUAUUCCUAAUGAUUCAAGAAUACAUACUAGUCAACAAAGCGGCAAAAAAGAAAAAGAAGACAGCAUUUACACUUAGAUUUUAUAUGUCUUUGCUUGUUGUUAGCAUUAUUAUGAUGCUGAUUUGGUUUGGAAUUGACUUAGGCAUUCCUUUAUACACGUAUAUUUCAGGCAUAGCUAGAAGUGAAAUGAAGAAUGUUUUCAAUUUAAACUAA